CACAAUAUUCAGUCACAGUCAGUGCAUCAUGCAGGCAGAACUGUCAAAAACUGGCGUCACCGACCACUCGUUAAAAUCAAUACUUAGCACGGAGAACAGCGAAACAGCAAAGACUGUAAUUGACUAUCUUCGUCGCACAGGACUCUACAUGAGGAUUUAAUCCAACCGAUGGCGAUCUACAAAUGACCUGUGGAGGGCAGCAAUACACCUCUGAUGCGUCUAGUCUGCCGCAAAUUCCAAAAGAAGAAGAAGAAGAAGAACAGUCAGUGCAUGGAGAACCCGUGGCGCGGAGAAGAUCAUCCUAUCAUUCUGCCUUGAAUUAAUUAAAGAAAAAAAACCCAAAACGGCUCUCGGGUGGGAGCCGGCUCUUUGAACCGGCUCGUUCGCGACGGCACAUCACCAGAAUCAACCGGAAAUGAAAGCUAAACGGUAUUUGCAACGUUAUGUUACAGCUAAGAAAUUGAAAUACUUUUGCUUCCAAAACCCAGAUUUAAACUAAUCAUAAACUAUGUGCAUGUUAAAUAUGGUUAUUUAAUGUCAUCGUUAGUUGCUUAUCGCGUAGUGGUCUAAGUCUGUAACGUUAUAACGCUGCAUCUCAACUAGUGUAGCGAGCUAGUUAGCUAACGGUGACUGAUCACAAGCGACUCUACAGCUCAGGUUAACAUUAAGGUUUGUUGAAAUGAAAGUAACCACACGGUAAAUCUGGGUCAACCAACAUAGGUAUAUAGUAUUUUUAACAUUACCUAGACUGAAAUCGGGUUUAAGACACAUCUAAUAUAAAGAGACCGACGUUAGCUGCCACUCUGCCAGUGUUUCCCAGUCUAAAGUCGCCUGCUCUUCACUUUACUGAUACAACAGGACUCUUAAGUCUUAAACUUGCAUAAUGUCCGAAACUAUAGUCACGUUUCAGUCCCAACUUUCUGGUGUGAUGGAAACGGUGUUUAAAGCUGCCAUGUAUGAGAUCACCCGGCUGGUAGAGGACAGCUUUCUGGAAGAGGUGACCCGGUGCAGGGAGCAGGUCGAGUCCCUGAAGAGGAGGCUGAAGUGGUCGGAGGGUCGACGGAAAGACAGAGAGGGAGACAGGAGGACAGGCAGAUGUCUGGACUGCGGAAGAGUGUCCGGUGAAGACAAUCAUCCCAGAGCCACAGAGAAAUGCCUUAAACAGGAGAGUGUGUUGCAAGAAGAGAUGAAUAGCUCCCAAAGCACUGAUGGAGAGACACCUAGUCAUGAAGCGGAAGAGACAAGACCAGAGAUCCUCAGUGCCAUGAAGGCACCACAGUCUCCAGGUGUACAGGGUGAAAAGCUGGAUAGACUGCUCAAGGAGGAAGCCCUUCGGAUCACGCCAGAAACUAAGUCCCAAGAGAGAUGGGGAGUCAAUAUGGAUGAAACAGAAGCAUCAGGUUUGCCCGGGCCCAGUAAACGUUUCAGUGACCAGAAGACCCCAAAGUGCCAUGUGAACUGGGAAGCCGGCUAUGACCAGAGGCCAGAAUCAGGCCAAGACGCACACUCAGGUGACCCAUCUGAACCACUUUUCCAGAGCAGAUACGGUAUGGAAGGUUUGGGUGGCUUUGACAAGACUGGUUACGGAGAAUCCAAUAUGAUGGACAUGGGUAACUUGGAUGGGCUACAAGGAUCGCCACCCCACCUGGGUGAGAAUCUGAGUUACGUGGGGCAAUACGAGGGGGAUGUGGAAGCACCAGAAGGAGCCGAGCAUCACGUUUACCAAGCGGGUGCCGCGCGGAAUAGACGGGGCGCGGUCGGCUCACCUGCUCGCUCUCCUUCAAAGACAAACAUUAAUGUAAGUGGAGAGCUCAGCUGUUUAUUGAUCAAUGAAGAAGGUUAUCUACAGGACCCGAGCAUCUUGUACCCUGAACAGGUAUCUGGUGAUCCAGGCGGCAGGUUGAACUUCAGGGGUCAGGGCAUUCGCAUUGACCCGUCCUUAGACAGCACAGGGGAUAUGUAUGGGCCAUCAGCUGCAUACAGUGACACCUUAAAUCUGGGAGAGAGUUUGCAGCAUCAGGCAGGAGGGAGAGGAGGAAGGAGACACAACUGCAACCAGUGCACAAUGUCCUUCCCUGAUUCGGCCUCUCUAAAGGCCCACAAGCAGACACACAAAGGCACCGGACACAUGCCGUCGUACUCCUGCACCCAGUGCGGAAAGACCUUCACUCAAGCCUGUAACCUCAAAGUCCACCAGAAGAUUCACUCUGGGCAGGGGCUCCACCUCUGCAGCCAAUGUGGUAAAGGUUUCCCAUCUUUCUCCGACCUAAAGACACACAAGUGCAGCCAAACAGGCGACAAACCUUACUGCUGCACCGUUUGCGGGAACAAGUUCAGCCGUCUCUGGAACCUGAAGUUGCACCGGAGAAUUCACACACAGGAAAAACCCCAUCAGUGCACCAUGUGCGAUAAGAGCUUCACACGGGCGGACAUAUUGAAGGUUCACCAGCGUACUCACACGGGGGAAAGACCAUACUGCUGCACCGUCUGCGGCCUCAGCUUCAAACGCCUGGAUCACCUGAAAUCACAUCAACGGAAACACAUGACAGACCUUUAAAGCUAGGGAAGUUUGGGGAGAGAGCAUAAAAAAAUUAUGUUUUUGAUUCAAAUUUUAUUUAUUUAUGAGCCAUUGAUGUUUUUUUUUCUUCUCCUCAGUUCCAAGUCUUUUGUUUUUUAUGGAAAACACUUUUGUUGGUAUGAAAAAUAUAGGACAAAGAUAGAAUACACAAUUUUCGUGUUUGAUAAAAUACGUUAUUUGUACCCAUUUAUUGCUGCAUAUUUUGUGACUGUAAAAAUGAGUGAAAGGCUGAGUAACAAUUUCCUUGUGAUUACAUUACAGAUUCAAAAUAAAAGUAAAAAAUUA